CUGCCCGUCCCGCUGCCGUGGCCCCGCCCUCAAACCGAACCUCUGACGAAGCGCGGCGCGGGGGCACAGCUCUCUGACGCACGGCUCUUUGUUGGAUGUGAGCCGCUGGUGACCAGCGUCCAACCAUCGGAACAGCAGCAGCCUCGGAGAGAGAGGAUUUAUCACCGCAGCAGCAGCGGCUGAGGCCACAGACCAAGGACUCAACGACACCGAGCCAGCAUGGCUACCCAAACGACAGCUUCAUGUACUGGUUCCACUCUGUUGCAGCCCAUCAGCGAAAUCAUCAACCUCCCACUCGACCAGGUAAACUUUGUGGCCUGUCAGCUGUUUGCACUCCUUAUGGCUCUGUGGUUCCGGAUCUACCUCCAUCCCAGUAAGAGCAGCCCGUUUGUCCGGCAUGUGGUGGCCACACUUCUGGGCUUCUACCUGGCUUUGUUCUGCUUUGGCUGGUACUCUCUCCACUUCCUCGUGCAGAGUGGCCUCUCGUAUGGUGUCAUGAUCUUUGCUGGUUUGGAGAACAUGCACAAGUACUGCUUCAUUGUGACGUUGGGCUAUCUGAUCCUGUGUCAGAUCACUCGAGUCUAUGUCUUUGACUAUGGCAUGUACUCAGCAGAUUUCACCGGGCCCAUGAUGGUUAUAACCCAGAAGAUUACCAGCAUGGCUUUUGAAAUUCAUGAUGGUUUGACAAAACGUGAGACACAGCUGAGUCCCAAUCAGAAAUACCUUGCUAUCAGGAGGAUGCCCAGUCUGCUGGAAUACCUCAGCUAUAACUGUAACUUCAUGGGUAUUCUGGCUGGGCCCACUUGCUCCUACAAUGACUAUAAGGCGUUCAUUGAGGGGACAAAUUACCAUCCACGGCACCAGGACAAUGCCAAUGGCAAAGAGAAUGGCAAAUGGAAGCAGAGUGAGCCCUCUCCUCAGAACACGGUGGUGUCCAAGCUGUGCACAUGUGCACUCUCACUGGGCGUGUACCUUUCGCUGUGUAAGGUGAUCCCGGUGGAACAUGUCAUUAAUGAUGAGUUCCUGUCAUCUGCACCAAUCUACACACAGGUGGUCUACCUGUACCUGGCCAUGCUGGCACUCAGGCCCAAGUACUACUUUGUGUGGACACUCGCUGAUGCCAUCAACAAUGCAGCAGGAUUUGGUUUUAAUGGAUAUGAUAUAGAUGGCACUCCACGUUGGGAUUUGAUAUCCAACCUCAGAAUUAUGGACAUUGAGUUUGCAACAAGUUUUAAAUUAUUCCUAGACAAUUGGAACAUCCAAACAUCCCUUUGGCUGAAACGGGUCUGCUAUGAGCGCUGGCCAGUCAAUCCCACUGCAGCCACCUUCCUGCUGUCAGCUUUGUGGCAUGGAGUUUACCCAGGCUACUACAUGACUUUCGUAACUGGCAUAGUUGUGACGAUGGCUGCACGUGCAGUACGACACAACAUCAGGCCAUACUUCUUGGUUUCAGAUACACAUAAACGAGCAUAUGAUGUCAUGACAUGGGCUGCUACACAAGUAGCCAUCAGCUACACGGUGGUGCCGUUUGUCCUCCUUGCUGUGGGACCAUCGCUAAAAUUCUACAGGUCGUGGUACUUCUGCCUCCAUCUCCUGUGUGUUCUACUGGCCAUGGCUCUGCCUGUGAAGAGGCGCCGCCCACUCAAACAGCAGGACGAACCUCAGGCGGAGAACUGCAGCACAGACAACAACUGCAACCAGAAAGACAAGAGCUCAUGAGACUGACCCCUGGCACUGGGACGAGCGCUGGGCAGUUUACAAAUAAACAAAUAUCUGACAGAGAAUCACAAACACUAGGAAUGUCCCGUCAAAUCGCCCUGUAGCAAGGAUUAUAACGACUCCACUUUUGACUCGGAUAUGGGAAUAUCUCAUGAGCGCAUUGUAUAAAGUUAAAGACAAACUGACUCAGUGUUGCCUUGAACCCUCUGUGUACUGGCCAAAGAUGGCUGCGGUGUAUGUGGAGGAUUUCAGUCACUCUCUGCAGAUUAGUGUUUUGUGGUAAAACAGGAAGUGUUUUCAUGUUCAACAAACAACUGUUAUUAUCAGCUGCCAAUUACAAACAGGCCUUACAAUCCUUACAGCUUAGUUUGGUUCUGUCUUUUUUUUAAAGUUUAACUGAAAAUUAAUUCAUGUUGUAUGUGUUUUGUAUGUAGAUGUUUGUGAUAACACUGUUUGAAAUCCAUUUUGAAGUUUCAUUUUAACUCGAAAGAUUGUGAAUCAUUAGACUCCUAAAGUGGGAUACAAAUGUUCUCUUAUUUUAGUGGUCUAAAAUAUGCACUCCAGUGUCACUACAUGGGUUUGUAAUUUUAUUUCAUAUCUGCUGCUUUUCCGGCCAACAUUAACUUAUCAUUUUCAUUUUUUAAAGGGAUUUUAUUUACCCCACUGUGGUGUAUACUACUUAUUUCUGACUGUGUAACAUUUCUAAAACUUUAUAUAUUUAAAAGUGGGGAAAGCAAUUGCUUGUUUACAUCACUGGAUAAGUAGACAUGCUCCAAUUUUUGGAAUUGUGCAAUUUGUCAUUUGACUUUGAUGGAAGAUGAGUCUGUAACAUUGUAGUAAUUUGACUGCAGUGGAGUUGUGCAGGUCAUGAUUGUUGUCAAGUGGUCUCUCUCAAUUCAGCCACACACUGAGUUUUAAAUAGUUUCAGUCCUUGUCCAGUCACUGUAUCAUUCCAUCUUGUCCUGCCAUUAAGAUGCCAAAAUCCUUUGCCACUCUGUGAUUCAUGUCGCUGUACUUUGUGUGUUAAACAGCGGUCACCUUUCAGACAUGUUUUUUACAGUUUUAUGAACAAACAUCUGUGGAGCUCCAUGUUUUCCAUUCUGGUGCAGUUGUGUUGUGUAAUAUAUUCCUGCCAUUAUGGUGUUAGUAUUCAUGUGGCUGGUAGCUCUUGUAGCCUGGGCCUGACAAAUUAAAGGGACCCUCUGAAGGGAAACAGA